GUUCCAUACUAUCAGACAGACUGUCGAACUUCUGAGCAAUGAGAAUGGCGAGAUGCUGGCUGCUCAGUUCUUCAUCGAAAAGUCUCCUCCAGACGUCACUGUAAGAGGUGCUGGCCUUGAUGUUGGGGCAUGGUUCUGCUCUGAUGCAAAGACGGAAGAGGAAUGCAAGCAGAUUGCCACUGAGGCUAACAAUUGGAGGUACACGGCUUGAACGCCACGGCAUUGGCCGUAUGCGCUCUUCCAUGUGGUUGGUUUUGGUACCUUUCUGCUCUAGGUGUAUCUAUACUUUUUUAUGGAUGGCGUUGCCUUUUGUAGGUAUUCACGCAACAUCAUCCAUAAGCUUAAAAUAAAGGUUCGGGUCAUGUA